AUGACCCAUUUGAUCCAAUUAUUUUCAUUUAUUUUCGUUUUUUUUGUAUAUUUUACUACAGAACUACUGAAAAAUACACUUCCAAAACAUGCCGUGGCGCUGAAGUGUGGCUACAACAUGCUGUAUCGCAAUUUCACAACCAACCAGCUUACUAAUUCACUUUUUAUCGCACAACCCACAUGCAUAAAACUUUACCGGCCCAGAUACAUCCAACAGCAUCUUAAAAGCACUUCAUGCGAUACCGGCACCGAUCAUAUAAGUGAAGUAAAUAAUUACAAUUCAUCUACCUAUUCCCCGCAUACAUUGCUCAGGAAGAGCCACCUCUACACUCCAGACGAGAUUGGCUGCUAUCUAACUCUAUGCGCUGCCAUAAAUGGCGAUUUAUCUGCAUUAGAUUUGUUACAGAGGAUCAGUAUUAGAGCGUCAGCCGCCACUGCCUUUAAGACUGGAUUAUUUAAACAGGAAUUAUCAAAGCUACUAAACUCAAAUGGAGGCCCAACCAAAACAAGUAAUGCAACACCGCUCUUACUUUCAAAUGUCAAAAAUGAUCAAAACGGCACAUGUACCAUAACCGCAUGGCAGAAGGAAACUCUCAAUAAAAUAUUAAAAUCUAUUGGCCAUGGCAAUAAAGAGGGUAAUUUAGAACAAGAAAAUUAUGCAAUUAAACCAAUUGAUAUUGAUAAAAUCGAAGUGUCUCCUAAAGCACGCGAAAUUGCAUCACCUAAUGAUCCAAAGUAUGGAAUUCACUAUUUCUGGAUUCCAUAUUUAAAGUUUACCAAGCUGAUAGGAUCUGGAUACUCAGAUUACAUCCAGCAUAUUGUUAAAUCUCACAUACUAACAGAUACACUUGAGCUCGAGCAAUCGCCAGAGUUUGAGAUACUUUUUAGCCCUGCCAAUAAUGAUUUAAACAUAGAAUCACUUGGAUUGAUAUGCCUCGAACAGUUAAUACCAUUGGACAUCACUUCUAACUGGUACAACACUAUAACAGAUUUCUUGGGCAUUAAAAAUUAUAGGAAGUUCAAAUUGCGCGUUGUUGCAAACUAUGCAAUACCUAUCAUUAUACCAUUGGCCAAAACGCUCCAAUUUGUCGCUUUAGACCGCCUUUGGCACAAUAUAAAACACUCAACUCCCCAAACCAGACAUUCUAUAGAAGAGUUAUACAUGUUUUACAAGGAUGGUUAUAAUUCUAUAACGCCGACUGAUGGUUCUUUCUCGCCUAUUCAUGCUAGUGAUGAUGCCAUUUCGUUGUGGUGGAAUAAACCUGAACUAUGCAUCAAAUACCUAUUACAGGCACCAAUGAGUGAUAACUGCGGAAGCUGUAAACCUUCUCUUAUCGAGUUGUGCCUAGAAAAGUUGGGUUUUCCGUCCCCUGAGCUGGCAAUAAGCUUGACCAAUUACUUCAACACUGUGAUUAGCAAUACCAAAUUCUACAGUUACAGCAAUGUGUUGGAUAACAACGAAUUUGAACCAGCAAUAGGGCAUUUACACCUCAAUUCAUUACAGUCCCAAUUGCCCAAUGAAGACUCCUUUCCCGAUGCCACGUAUGAGAUACUAAAAAAUAGCUACAAGAACCAAUUGUUUGUCAAUCAUGAAGAUGGGAAGGCCAUAAGAUCUGUGAUUAAUUCAAUGUACAGGUGUGGCAUAACCGCUCGUAAAGUACCUGUGGAUGGUUUGCGUAUUUUGACAUUGGAUGGCGGAGGGAUAAGAGCUAUAGUGCCAUUGUUGAUAUUGAAGAUGUUGUUGAAGGAAAUGGGAGGGCCGCCCCUCUACGAAAUAUUUGACUUAUUUGGUGCCACAAGUUCGGGUUCUCUAAUCCUUUCGUUACUGCUGUUCCACAAAUUUACAAUUGAUGAUACAAUAGCUCUGUUCCAUACAAUGUUUACCAAGAUUUUUUCAAGGAACAAAUGGACAAUUAUGCCUGACGUGUUGCGCUAUUUGACUUCUCGAGCCAAAUUUGACCAUCAGAUUCUAGAGACAUUCGGCAAAAUGAUCUUCAGCAACUUGAAAAUGCAUGAAUUCAAUGCGGACCCAAGGACGCCUCAUGUGUUUUUCACUUCUACACAAACAUUGCCAUGGCCUCCACGCCCGGUAAUCUUCAGGUCCUAUCCAUUGAGAUCUAGCCAUGGCCUGAGUUCUGGCAGUAACUUAGAGGAACUGAGGUUUUUUGAUAUUUGGGAGGUUUUACGAUCGUCAACUGCGGCCCCCACAUACUUUGAGCAGUUUACCAAACAAGGUAAAUGCUACUCUGAUGGAGCGAUACUAACAAACAACCCAACUCUAGAAGCUAUAAAUGAGGCAAAAAUGCUGUAUCCAAAUAUACCGAUAAAGUGCGCAGUAUCAAUUGGGACUGGGAUAUUUAUGAAUUUUGAAGAUGGUAGACCAUUAGAAGCCUCAAAGGCUAGGUCGGGAGCGGGAGGUUUAGUUGAGCUGUUAACAUAUGCCUCAACUAAUGUGGAACACGUGCAUAGAUAUUCGAAAAUGAUCUUGGGGGUAGAUAGAUAUUUUAGGCUAGACCCGCUCAUACCUGAAAUUUCACUCGACGAGACAAAUAUCGCUGCCAUUGAGGAAUUAGUCAAGUCUAUUGAGGCGUAUUUGGGCGACCAUGGUACCAAAAGUACCAUAAGUCGGAUAGCCAAGCUAUUGUUAUGA